UGGACAAUGCGCUGCCUGGCACUGGGCCGCGUGCCCGCUCCGAUGCUGCUGCUGUGCGCGCUCACGCUGGCGCCGGUGAAAGUGUGGGCGGGGCCUGAGACGCUGUGCGGGGCGGAGCUAGUGGACACGCUACAGUUUGUGUGUGGAGACCGAGGCUUUUAUUUCAGCAAGCCAACAGGUUAUGGCCCCAGUUCACGGCGCUUGCACAACCGUGGCAUUGUGGAUGAAUGCUGCUUUCAGAGUUGUGAGUUGAGACGGUUGGAGAUGUAUUGCGCCCCAGUUAAAUCUGGUAAAGCACCACGAUCUGUACGAGAACAACGGCAUACAGAUGGAUCAAAAACACCAAAGAAACCUAUAUCUAGUCACAGCCACGCAUCCUGUAAGGAUGUUCAUCAGAAGAACUCAAGCCGAGGGAACACUGGGGGGAGAAACUAUCGAAUGUAGCAGUCUAAUAAGAAAGAUAAAUGGAUCUAAUGGACAGUGCCACACAGAGACGUGGGAAGUGGUAGAACCUGACCUGGUCCACCUGGAAAGUGGUUCACUUGGGCAGCAGAAAAGGACAAUAAAUGAGCACUAUGUACAUAAAAUCAAUACAACUUCAAAGACUAUAUUAGACACUGCACCUUUUUAUACUGAGGAAAAGCAUUUGUUAAAACAGCAAAAUUAAUGUAACUGCUAAAAAGGUAAAAAUUAUAACAAUAAUAAUAUCAGUUUUUGUUUCGCUCUUGUGGGAACUGUUACUUAUCAUGGCAGUGAGUAUCCUUCUAUAAGAGAGCCACUGGAUACCUUAAUUGACCCAUACUGCUUUAAGGCACCACUUUCUAAUGGGUAGGUGAAAAGGUGAAGCUUUUUUGUGAAAACACUACAACAGUCCCUUUUAAAUACAAACACAGAGACAUGCCUUCUCAAUAAAUUCCAGAUUACUACCAUCCAGUACAAAAUGCAAGCUGGCAGGAUUUCAACCAGAACCAUUUCUGAUUAAGCUGCACUCUUAAAUAGGUGAUGGCAUCUCUGUAAGAUGGUACGCAAGCUGUUGCACUGAUGAGAAAUAGGACAGACCAAGAGCUUAAUUAGAAACACUGUUUAUAUAAUAUAUUGUUGAAACAGAUGUUACACUUUUAGGAAAACACCAUGGCAGGAGAAUUGCUAUUUUCUGCAAGACUAAAUAAAGAGUAAAUGAAACCUCAUGCAAAGGCUUUAAUAUCUGCCUCUCCAAUAAAAAUGAUAAAUAAAAAUGAUCAAUAUUUCAUUUAA